CAAGAGGAUACAGACAGAAAUUCAUCAUCCUAAAUCGUUUUCAUAUAUUUCCAUCUUAGGUCUUUUAGGAAAGUAUUGGUAAUUGACUGUCAAAUAAGAAGAAAGUAACCCAUUAUCACUUGUUUGUUGGGAUUAUCACCGUCGUGAUUACAAAGAAAGAUGCCAACAGUAGAUAGAGCUUUGGCCUUGUUAAGAAAAUAUCCUCGAGUUUCUCCUCAGAAUAUAUCUGAUCUUCCAGGAAGCAAACCACCCAAGUAUCACGGUUUGAAACGAAUGCGAAGAGGUCUUGGUCAUCGUGGUGCUUCCCAGUUUCAAGCAUUCCCACCCUUGGGAAUUUUGGGUGCAAAGACACCAUUUUAUCUUUCUGUUCCUAAAGAACCUUACAACAUUAACAGCAUGUCUGAAAACAAUCUUCACCGUAUUUCGCUUCUAGAGCUUCAAAGACUGAUAGACCUUAAUCGAAUAAAUCCACUAGAGCCUAUUGACAUUUCCACACUAUGUAACACCAAUCUUUACCGGUUAAAUGUGGAUCAUGAUCGACAAUAUGGUUUCCAUCUAACUGACGAAGGUAUCGAUAACUUUGUUACUCCUGUUAAUAUUGAAGUUCAGUAUGCUAGCGAAGAAGUAAUUGCAGCUGUGGAAAGAGUAGGGGGAAUAAUCUGUAACCGUUAUUAUGAUCUGUAUUCCGUUUGGGUAAAAUCUGACCCUCAAGGAUUCUUCAUGAAAGGCAUUCCGAUCCCAAAAGCUAAAUUGCCUCCUAAUGUAAGUCACAAAACGAUUUCCUGUUUCAUGUAGCUAGUAUGUGUUUUAUAUAUUAAAAACAGCAUUAAUUAUCUUGAACGUGCAGAUGAACCUUUACGCCAUGCGUCGGUAAAAUACUAUAGUUGGUUACAUUUUGUUAUACUUUUUAACUUUUGUGCACUAAUCAGGGACGCUCUUUCAACUAGUACUUUGCAGAUUCUUAUCCUUUCUCUUUCUAUACAUGUUGACUUCGCUUCUUACCAAAUUUUCUUUUUAAUUGAAACUUAUUCUUGGUUAAUGGUAAAUUAUUUACCUAAGCGUUGUACGGGUUUCAUAAAAUGAUGGCCUAUUAAUCCAUAACGACAGGUUUUCGUUCAAUAUGCUUUAUAUUUUUUUUAAGCACAUUUAGUCUCAAAAUGCGCACUAAAAGUCGGAUUUUUACUGUACUAAUCCCUUGGAAAUUCUUCCGAAGAAACAAACAAUUUUGGUUGUACCAAUUGAAGUGGUGGCGUUGAUUCCAUUCUACGCAAACGCUGAGUCUCGAGGUUAUCUGGCGGACCCUGAGGAAGUGGCGAAAUCUCGAAUUUGGUUGGCUCAAAAGUAUGGUUAUCAUCCAUUCGAUUUUAGUUCAUCCUCGGAAUCCACUCAAAAGCUGAUGUCUAUGCGGAAAGAUCCUCGACAAAUAUUUCAUGGACUGGAGCCUGGUUGGCUUGUCAGUAUUCCUGACAAAGCGGUUUUAAAGCCAAAAUCUGAUCUCCUUGAUGCCUACCACAAAUCCUGAUUCCCCCAGUAUUUUAUAAAAUGCAUUUUGAAAGUUAUACUGUGGAGAGAUGCAUGUUAAUUAAAAAUAAUAAAUAGUACAUUCAGUUUUAAAAAUCCUGUGCAUAAUUAUG